GCCCGAGUCGGCGGGAAGCUGGAGCGCCGGCGGCGUCGGCUUCGGAGGGGUGUGGAGAGGCGAGGCCAGGCAGAGCCCCGCGCAGCCAUGGAGUCGCUCCUGCUGCCGGUGCUGCUGCUGUUGGCUGUACUGUGGACACAGGCGGCCGCCCUCAUUAACCUCAAGUACUCGGUAGAAGAGGAGCAGCGCGCCGGGACGGUGAUCGCCAACGUGGCCAAGGACGCGCGCGAGGCGGGCUUUGCACUGGACCCACGGCAGGCCUCUGCCUUUCGUGUGGUGUCCAACUCCGCUCCGCACCUGGUGGACAUCAACCCCAGCUCGGGCCUGUUGGUCACCAAGCAGAAGAUCGACCGUGACUUGUUGUGCCGCCAGAGCCCCAAGUGCAUCAUCUCGCUUGAGGUCAUGUCCAGCUCAAUGGAGAUCUGCGUGAUUAAGGUGGAGAUCAAGGACCUGAAUGACAACGCGCCCAGCUUCCCGGCGGCACAGAUUGAGCUGGAGAUCUCAGAGGCGGCCAGCCCUGGGACGCGCAUCCCGCUGGACAGCGCCUAUGACCCGGACUCGGGCAGCUUCGGCGUGCAGACGUACGAGCUCACGCCUAACGAGCUAUUUGGCCUGGAGAUCAAGACGCGCGGCGACGGCUCGCGCUUUGCAGAACUCGUGGUGGAGAAGAGUCUGGACCGGGAGACGCAGUCGCACUACAGCUUUCGCAUCACUGCGCUCGACGGCGGCGACCCGCCGCACCUGGGCACUGUUGGCCUCAGCAUCAAGGUGACCGACUCCAAUGACAACAACCCUGUGUUUGGCGAGUCCACCUAUUUAGUGACCGUGCCAGAGAACUCACCUCCCAACACGCCUGUUAUCCGUCUCAACGCCAGUGACCCAGACGAAGGCACCAAUGGCCAGGUGGUCUACUCCUUCUAUGGCUACGUCAACGACCGCACUCGAGAACUCUUCCAGAUCGACCCGCACAGCGGCCUGGUCACGGUCACUGGUGCCCUAGACUAUGAAGAGGGCCAUGUGUACGAACUGGAUGUGCAGGCCAAGGACCUGGGGCCCAACUCCAUCCCGGCACACUGCAAGGUCACCGUCAGCGUUCUGGACACCAAUGACAACCCGCCGGUCAUCAACCUGCUGUCGGUCAACAGCGAGCUGGUGGAGGUGAGCGAGAGCGCCCCACCGGGCUACGUGAUUGCACUGGUGCGGGUGUCUGAUCGAGACUCCGGCCUCAAUGGGCGCGUGCAGUGCCGUUUGCUGGGCAACGUGCCCUUUCGUCUGCAGGAGUAUGAAAGCUUCUCCACUAUCCUGGUGGACGGACGACUGGACCGCGAGCAGCACGACCAGUACAAUCUCACGAUCCAGGCGCGCGACGGCGGCGUGCCCAUGCUGCAGAGCUCUAAGUCCUUUACCGUGCGCAUCACCGACGAGAACGACAACCACCCGCACUUCUCCAAGCCCUACUACCAGGUCAUUGUGCAGGAGAACAACACUCCCGGUGCCUAUCUGCUCUCUGUGUCGGCCCGAGACCCCGACCUGGGUCUCAAUGGCAGUGUUUCCUACCAGAUCGUGCCGUCGCAGGUGCGGGACAUGCCUGUCUUCACCUAUGUCUCCAUCAACCCCAACUCGGGUGACAUCUAUGCGCUGCGAUCCUUCAACCACGAGCAGACCAAGGCAUUUGAAUUCAAGGUGCUGGCCAAGGACGGCGGCCUGCCCUCGCUGCAGAGCAACUCCACUGUUCGGGUCAUCAUCCUCGACGUCAAUGACAAUACCCCAGUCAUCACCGCCCCACCCCUGAUCAACGGCACCGCUGAAGUCUACAUACCCCGCAACUCGGGCAUAGGCUACCUGGUGACCGUUGUCAAAGCAGACGACUACGAUGAAGGCGAGAAUGGCCGGGUCACCUAUGACAUGACAGAGGGCGACCGCGGCUUCUUUGAAAUAGACCAGGUCAAUGGCGAGGUCAGAACCACUCGCACCUUCAGCGAGAGCUCCAAAGCUUCCUACGAGCUUAUUGUGGUGGCCCACGACCACGGCAAGACGUCUCUCUCCGCCUCUGCGCUCGUCCUAAUCUACCUAUCCCCUGCUCUCGACGCCCAAGAGUCGAUGGGUUCGGUGAACUUGUCCUUGAUUUUCAUUAUCGCCCUGGGCUCCAUUGCUGGCAUCCUCUUUGUCACUAUGAUCUUUGUGGCGAUCAAGUGCAAGAGAGACAACAAAGAAAUCCGGACCUACAACUGCAGUAAUUGUUUAACCAUCAUUUGUCUCCUCGGCUGUUUUAAAAAAGGACAAAACAGCAAGUGUCUGCAUUGCAUCUUGGUUUCUCCCAUUAGCAAGGAGCAAGACAAAAAGGCUGAGGAGAAAGUGAGCCUAAGGGGAAAGAGAAUCGCUGAGUACUCCUAUGGGCAUCAAAAGAAAUCAAGCAAGAAGAAAAAAAUCAAUAAGAAUGACAUCCGCCUGGUACCCCGGGAUGUGGAGGAGACAGACAAGAUGAACGUUGUCAGUUGCUCCUCCCUGACCUCGUCCCUCAACUAUUUCGACUACCACCAGCAGACCCUUCCUCUGGGCUGCCGCCGCUCUGAGAGCACUUUCUUGAAUGUGGAGAACCAGAAUACCCGCAAUACCAGCGCCAACCACAUCUACCAUCACUCUUUCAACAGCCAGGGCCCCCAGCAACCAGACCUGAUCAUCAACGGUGUGCCUCUGCCCGAGACUGAAAACUAUUCUUUUGACUCCAACUACGUGAACAGCCGAGCCCAUUUAAUCAAAAGCAGCUCCACCUUCAAGGACUUAGAGGGCAACAGCCUGAAGGAUAGCGGCCAUGAGGAGAGUGACCAGACCGACAGUGAGCAUGAUGUCCAGCGAAGCCUGUAUUGUGACACUGCUGUCAAUGAUGUGCUGAACACCAGCGUGACCUCCAUGGGAUCUCAGAUGCCUGACCAUGAUCAGAAUGAAGGAUUUCAUUGCAGGGAAGAAUGCCGGAUUCUUGGCCACUCUGACAGGUGCUGGAUGCCCCGGAACCCCAUGCCCACCCGCUCCAAGUCCCCUGAGCAUGUGAGGAACAUCAUUGCACUGUCCAUUGAAGCUACUGCUGCCGAUGUUGAAGCUUAUGAUGACUGCGGCCCCACCAAGCGGACUUUUGCAACCUUUGGAAAGGAUGUCAGCGACCACCCAGCUGAGGAGAGGCCCACCCUGAAAGGCAGGAGGACUGUUGAUGUGACCAUCUGCAGCCCCAAAGUCAACGGCGCUAUCCGGGAGGCAGGCAAUGGCUGUGAGGCUAUUAGCCCUGUCACCUCCCCUCUGCACCUCAAGAGCCCUCUGCCUACUAAGCCUUCUGUGUCUUACACCGUUGCCCUGGCGCCCCCGGCCCGCGAUCUAGAGCAGUAUGUCAACAAUGGCCCUUCUCGUCCCUCUGAAGCUGAACCCCGUGGAGCUGAUGGCGAGAAAGUCGUGCAUGAGGUCAGCCCUAUUCUGAAGGAAGGUCGAGACAAAGAGUCUCCUGGCGUGAAGCGUCUGAAGGAUAUCAUUCUCUAAAUCAGUCUUGGGGAAGAAGAGAGAGAAACCAUGCUGGCUAGCAAAGAAGCAGGAGCUGAUCGUUUUAAUUGCUCACCAAUGGUUGGUUCUUGAGUGGCUGUAUUUCAGAGCUUUCCCUAAAUGUAUUGUUUAUAAGUGACUAUCAUUCUGUGACAAUCCCUCUCGUUUCAACAGGCAGCAGGGGUGUUCCGUUGGAGCAAAUUAGCUUUGGCUUGAGUUGUUCAUGGGGCCUUGAUGUUGGGGAAGCAGAGACAAAUUCAGUGUGAAAAGUAUUAUGUAUUAAGUGUUUGGAUUUAUAUAUUUUUGUAUGUCAAAAUUAUAAUAAAAAUUACCAUUGUUUGUGGAGGAUUACAUUUUAAAAAAGCCAAAAAAAAAAAAAAGCUCUGGACACCUUUAAUAGGCUCGCCACUGUUUUGUAGUGUAGACAAGUUAAUGGUCAUUUAUUGUGUACUAUUCAUUGAUUCAGUGAUGUGAAAUCAAGCCCCCAAAUGGUUGUUUCUGAAGCUCGAGUACUUUCCAAUGCCACUACUUUGCUGUGGACAUCCCUGCUUUAAGAACCCUUUUGCUAGCUGUGCUAUUGUCAUAUUUGAUAUUGCAAAUUGCUACGUGUGUGGUGAUGGCAAAAGGCUUUUAGAAGUUGGUGUUUUUUUCUUAAAAAACUAAAAUAAAACUACAGAUAAAAACAAAGUGCAAACAACUGAGACAACAAGUGAAUGAGUAACACCACACAUAUAGAUUGAGUACUUGGAGGAUACUCACUCACAGAGUCUACCCACGGAGUGGUUGCUCACCACGUUGCAGGGUAUUUUUCCUGACUUUCAGUCUUCUGCCCAGAUCCAUGAUAGAUCAUUGCAGAAAGACAUUCUUGGAUAUUCUACUAUCUAAUUUGCAGCUGUCAGAAAUACUGUGCUGAAAAUUUUAUGAGAUCAAUUUUUCUGAUUUUCAGGCCCUGAACAGGAAAGCUGCUCCUGAAGUUAUCAGUUUCCAGGCUUAGAAAUUCCUUAUCUCCAAUCAUCUAAAACUCAAAAAGACUGAAUCUAUUUUGAGUUCUAAAUAAGCAUCUUUUCAGACACACACUUCCUGAUUCAGUGUUUCCCCGUCAUGAUUAGAAUUAGACUGCAAAGCAUGUCAUGGGCUGGAAUUGAGAACUCCAUGUUGCUCUGUAUCGUAGGAUUAUAAAUAGGGAUAGAGUAAGCAGUACAAAGUGUACAUUUAGGAAAAGACAGGUAACAGGUAACAGCAUCAUUAAUUCAAUUACUGUGCCUUCUAAAUGGAGACACUUGGACACUUGAACUCGUCUUUUUAUGACUAACACUUUUUUUUUAAUUAAAAAUGUGAAUAGGAAACUAUCAAAAAUGCAUUACAUUUAGCUAACUCUUUGCUGUAGGCUAGGAAUACAUCUUUUUUAUUAACAAGUUUGUUACACACAUUCUUUUUUUGUUUGUUUAACAUUCCUCGAACUCCCGUUUAUUUACUGUCUAUUAAUAUUCACUAGCCAACAUAGUAUUCUUGCAGCCUAAGAGUUCAUUAUUUAAAAAUAGACAAAUAUGUCACCUUUGCUCUGCCUUGGUCUUAAAAGAGUUGUUUCUAGAGAAACAAGUUUUGUGGUUAUGUUCUCAUUUGUUUCAUUUUUUGAAAUUCAAGAGUAUCCAGCAAAAAAAGGCUUAGAGGUUAGAGCACUAAGAAUGCAAAAGAGGAUUUAUUUUCUUAAAUUUAGGUAGAUAAGUCUGAUCUUUUAAAUGUUUUAGUUAUUUUUUGCCUGAGUUCCUGGCUUUAUACAUUACUAGGAAUAUUUUCUUUUGCAGGAGGGAUGGUUUUGGGGAGGGUGGGUAAGGCAGUGGGGAUGGGGUUACGUAGGGGAGAAUAUUUCUGAAAAAGAAGUUAUAAUGAAGCUACAAAUUCAUCCUUAUUUCUUAUUCAGUGAUGAAUACUACCUCAUGCAAAAUAUUGGUGUGGCUGCAAAUUUCCCUCUGAAACUGACACAAUUAGAAAUCAAUUACCAUAGCAUCUUCAUUUUGGCUCAUUUUAUUCUCUUGCUUUUUUCCCCUUUGAUUCAUUUCAUUUUAGUAGUAGAUUUUGAAUUAGGUAUUUAUUUCUGUUUGCAAGUGAAUAGACUAUUUGAUUAACACAUUAAAAAUUAAUUUUUUUCCAUUUAAGUUAUGAUGGCUGCCUGUAGAAUUUAGACUGUUCCUCACCUGAUCCAUCCUGAUAUCAUGUUGUUGGCUACCACCUCAAGGUCGCUUUCAAGUCAGAUUUGACAGUUUUUGUAUAGGUGUAUUUCUUAUUAUGCUCAGUCAGAAUGAGGGAGCUGAAAAGAUUGUGGCAAGUGGGAACAUUCAAUGUUAUGUGGCUAUUGAGCCAGAGGGGCCACUGGCUGCCAUGUCUUUACACUAACCAUUUUAAACCAGCCAAGUUUAAAAUGUUAGUGUAAGGGUGACAUUGAUUCUGCUUUUCUCUUGUGUUUAUUUUCCUCCAAUUUUUUUUCCAGAAUUCAGUUUUAAGCGAUAGACCAAUCCUUUUUCCUUCUCAAAAUACUUGUUCACAAUGGGCAGUCAGACAUUUUUUUGGCUUCCAAACCCUUUAUUGAGCAUGUUCAGAGAAUUCCCUUCAUUAAGAAAAUAUCUUUUUUUUUUCUCCUCUACAGUUGUUUGAUGUAUACAUCC